AUAAUCGAACGCAGUACACUUUAUUGAACGCAUUGAUCACCGUAUCAUUUGUUCAUUACCUGUAUAGUAAUAUUCUGAUUGAGGUUCCUGAAAUCUUUACAGAAGGACUAACUUAAUUAAAAUCACCAUUAAUAAAAUUAUGAGAGACUGAGUGAAAUGAGGAAAAAUUAAAUGGCAGAAGGUUGGGAGAAUAUGGAUGUCAAUGAGAAAGCAGACGCCUCUCCUGUGGAGGAUGUCAGGCCUGUCUUCUUUAUGGGGGAAGAUAUCCUAGUCAAGCCAGGACUUCCUCAGAAUGAGCACUAUCUAGAUGAAAUGAAGAAAAUCACUGUAGGUAUCUGUGCUAUGAGUAAGAAAUCCAACUCCAAACCAAUGAAUGAAAUCCUGACUCGACUCCAUAAACAUAUGCAGCUGAAUACACUAUUAUUUGAUGAAGAUGUAAUCCUCAAUAGUCCUGUAGAAGAAUGGCCCAUUGUUGAUGUUCUUAUCUCUUUCUUUUCUGCAGGAUUUCCUUUAGAUAAAGCUAUUGCAUACACAAACCUACGAAAGCCAUUUGUUAUUAACGAUCUAGAAUCACAGUACACUUUACUGGAUAGAAGAGAGGUCUACAAAACUCUGAUAAAGCAUGGGAUACCUCAUCCACGAUACUCUGUUCUGAAUAGGGACAAAGGACCACUGUCUACAUCUUAUACCAUCACUGAUAAUGAAGACGCUAUAGAGAUUGAGAAUCAAGUCUUCCAUAAACCAUUUGUGGAGAAACCUGUAUCAGCUGAGGACCAUAAUGUUUAUAUCUACUUCCCUGCUGCAGCCGGAGGAGGCAGUCAGAGGCUGUUUAGGAAGAUUGGUUCAAGAAGUAGUAUAUAUUCCAACUGUAGUUACUUACGGAACAAAGGAUCUUAUAUCUAUGAAGAAUUUAUGCCAACAGAUGGAACUGAUGUCAAGGUGUAUACAGUUGGACCAGAUUAUGCCCAUGCUGAGGCCAGGAAAUCUCCAGCAUUGGAUGGGAAGGUUGAGAGAGAUAAGAGUGGUAAAGAAAUCCGUUAUCCUGUCCUUCUUAGUGCCAAAGAUAAACUACUUGCCAGGAAAGUCUGUCUUGCCUUUAAACAAAAUGUAUGUGGAUUUGACUUGCUGAGAGCUAAUGGUCAGUCUUACGUAUGUGAUGUCAAUGGUUUUAGUUUUGUCAAGAACUCAACGAAAUAUUACGAUGAUUGUGCUAAAAUCUUGGGAACUAUGAUAAUGAGAGCCAAAGCUCCACAGUUACAUAUACCUUGGGUUCUAGGUUCAGCUCCAGAAGAUAUACCAGUGGUGCCUACAACAUCAGGGUCCAUGAUGGAAUUACGUUGUGUGGUAGCUGUUAUUCGCCAUGGUGACAGAACUCCUAAACAGAAAAUGAAGAUGGAAGUCAAACAUAAAAGGUUCUUUGAAUUAUUUAAAAAAUAUGACGGGUACAGGACUGGUCACUUAAAACUUAAGAAGCCAAAACAGUUACAGGAAGUACUAGACAUAGCGAGAUUUCUGUUAGAUGAGCACCAUGCUAACAGUGAUCCUGAGAUAGCCGAGAAAAAGGUCAAGUUACAACAACUCAAACUUGUACUAGAAAUGUACGGUCAUUUUUCUGGAAUAAAUCGUAAGGUUCAACUGAAGUAUCAACCAUAUGGUAACCCAAAGAAAUCAUCUAGUGAAGAGGUUUUUGACUUAGAAAUUGAAACUGGAGACAGCGGUGAUGAUAUUCCAAGACCGCCAUCUUUGUUACUGAUUGCUAAAUGGGGAGGGGAGCUAACUCCAGCUGGAAAAAUCCAAGCAGAGGAUCUUGGGAAAGCAUUCAGGACCCUUUAUCCAGGAGGUCAGGGUCAGUUUGAGACACCAGGACUUGGUUUCCUCAGAUUACACAGCACCUUCAGACAUGACCUGAAAAUUUAUGCAUCAGACGAAGGAAGAGUUCAGAUGACAGCAGCAGCAUUUACUAAGGGUAUGUUAGCAUUUGAAGGGGAGUUAACUCCAAUCUUGGUCCAGAUGGUAAAAAGUGCUAAUACAAAUGGUCUACUAGACAAGGAAGGAGAAUCUAAACACCAGCACAUUGUCAAGUCUAGAUUGACACAGAUUCUGAAUGAAGACAAGGAUUUUAGUGAAGAUGAAAUACAGAAACUUGCACCAACUAAAAAUGAGUCUUUAGUCAAAGCAUUAGACUACAUUAAGAAUCCCAGAAAGUUUUGUGAAUACGUUUAUGCUAUGGUGCAGGAAUUGACCAACAAAGUUAGAAAUCUGAAGCUGGAACACAGAACCAGAGAUCUAAAGUUAUAUAAUGGAGAAAGUUGGGAAUUGUUGAUAAGAAGAUGGGCAAAGCUAGAAAAGGAUUUCAGAAUGAAAGAUGGAGGAUUUGAAAUCAGUAAAAUUCCUGAUAUUUAUGAUUGUAUUAAGUAUGACCUACAACACAACCAGAAAACUUUACAGUAUGAGAGAGCAACAGAGUUGUUUAAAUAUUCUAAAGCUUUGGCAGAUAUAGUUAUUCCACAGGAGUAUGGUAUAACCGUAGAAGAGAAGUUACAUAUUUCCCAGAAUUUAUGUACACCAUUAAUGAGAAAGAUCAGGAGUGAUAUAGAACAAUGUGUUAUGCCUGACCCUGACGACGAAAGUACCAGACUUAAUUCUCAAUAUUCCAAAGGAGUUUCCUCCCCUGAGAGAUUUGUAAGGACAAGGUUGUAUUUUACCAGUGAGAGCCACAUUCACUCCUUACUGAAUAUGUUACGAUUUGGAGGACUCUGUAAUGAGAAUAAUGAUGAGCAAUGGGAGAAAGCUAUGAAUUAUUUGAGUGCUACAUCAGAACUGAACUAUAUGACACAGAUUGUUAUUAUGAUGUUUGAAGAUCCUACAAAGGAUCCCUCCUCAGAUGAGAGGUUUCAUAUAGAACUUCAUUUUAGUCCUGGAGCUUACACCUGUACAGAUAAAGCAUUCUCUUUCCCUUUUGGAUCAGGAUGUAGGACAGCAUCCAAUAACAGCAAAAAAAUAAUAAAGAAUAGCCAUGAAGUACCUAUGACAUUGGAUGAGAAAAGACUGGAGAUUGUAAAGAACAAGCAUUAUGAUAGGCCAGUGUCUGCACCAAUGGUUAUCCAGGAAACAGAGGAGUUGGAGGAAUCAGACAUUGUAGAAUCAAAACUGAAGAAAAAUAAACAUGCACAUGGUACCCGUUCACCGGAUGAGAGUACACCAGAAUGGGACUGGGGAGAAGAUAGUAAAUCUACAGAAACACUCACAUCAGAGAGUAUCAAUAAAUCACCUGAACCCUUGAAUCCAACCUUUGUCAACAUAACAAAGCCACAGAGUAGAUCUUUCUCAGCACCAAUGGUAAUACAGGAGACCAAUGAGGAGUUUGAAGAAUCAGAAAUGUUUGAUUCUGAUCAUUUGAAGAAUAAUUCGAAGAAGACUACCUCUAUUGAGCCUCAGUCUCCAGACCCUAAUAUACCAGAGUGGGACUGGGGAGAUGGGUCUGAUUCUAAAAAAAGUAGUGUUUCUCCAGAUAAGGAUAAUGAAAGCUUUGAACAGGGCGUGACAGAAAGCCUCAGUAAAAGUGUUUCCCAACCCAUCCCAAUACAGUCAGAACAAGCUGGUAUUGACUCUAGAGCUAACUUAGACAAAGAUAAAGAGACGACUCACACAUUAGGCAGUGUAUAUCUUGAAGAUGUUAAUUUUCCUAAAUCCAUAAAAUCCCAGAGUCUAGAAGAAAAAAGAAGCCGUAGUUUGGAAGAUAAGAACCCCAAAGAUCCUAGGACAGAUUAUUUUGUGGAUAGACAAUACCACACUAUGCAUCUACCAACAGCCUCGGAUAAACUCCGUCAAUCAUUUUCUAUUACAGAUUACUUUGUAGAGAGACAAUACCUCACUGUGCAUCUACCGAUCGCCACAGAUAAACACCGUCACUCAUUUUCUAGUCUAUUCUAUCUCAACCCAGAAGCAUUUAAAGGAUUAGAAGACAAGACCGUGAGAGAAAUGAUUCGAGCCAAGUCUGCCUCGUUUAUCACUAGUCCUGCUUUUGAAGGUUUUAACAUGGUGCCGUCUAUCAGAGCAUUAGAGACCCUCCAUCAUAAUUUGACAAUGGCACAGUUGUCAGAUUUCCUGAGAAGAGCAACAACGAAGAAAUUCAUGAAUCCCACUCCAAUUGAAUCUCCUGGAGGUUCAAUGACAUUUAGAGGUGUUGGACCAAGUUUGCCGUCCUCUAGCAAUUCCAGUGCAGGACCAUCAUCCCCAACAACGAAUUCCACACCGGUAGACAUCAUGAACAAACUGAAGUAUUAUAUAGACAAAGUGAAGAUUCAGAGAAAGGACAGCUCCAGUAGUGAUAUGGAUAAACAAAGAACAGAAAGUCAAACUGCUGAGAGUGUGACCAGUGAUUACGAUUAUCAACGAUCUUAUAGUAUAUGUAGCGAAACAGACACUAGUAGUCGAAGUCAACGAACAGAAAGUCUCAGCAGUGAUAUGGGUAGUCUAAGACUUGAUAGUGAUGCUGAGAAAAGUUCAAAAAGUUUGAAUAGUAACAAUGGAAAAACAAGUAAUAAGAAUUCAAAUAAUGAUUUGAAUUGUGUGGUGGAUGAAGGUAGUAAACAGAGUAAAACUAAGGAAAGUUGAUGUCAGAGAUGUUAGAAAUGUACACUGCUUGGUCACAGCCAUUUUUUUUAAUCAUUAUAUGAUAAAUUCAAAAGUUGUCAGGCAUUUCUGUUUAACAAGAGUUGUCUCUCUUUUUAAUGAUAAAUCUUUAUUACGGGAACUUGUUAUAUUUAUGUUAUAAUUUAAAAAAAAUGUUAUGUUGUAUUACUAGAUAAAAGAUAUGCAAGACAGGAUAAAGAAGUUUGUGAAAUAAAUGUUUAAAAUUACAAUGAACUGAAUAUUUUGAAUCACUUGCAUAAACACACUGAUUGUGGAUUUCAAAAAGAGUGAUCACUGUGUAUUCUGAGCAUUUGUUAAAUUUUUGUUUACCUGGAAAAUUAAUGCCAAAAUGUUAAAAUACUUUUUUUUUCAUUAUUUGAUGUUUUCAAGGCAAUUACUAUGUAAACUUUAUAGCCUUUAUCUAUACAUGAAUAUGACACAAUUUGAUAUAUUUCUUCAAAUAUGCCACUGAUGUACUUGUAAAAACCCUAUAUUUUUACCUGUUUCUCAGUAUUGUACAAAUGUACUUAUCAGUUGUGGAUUAUGUGCAGAAAAAAUAUAUUAUCUAAGUAGAUAAAACUUUGACAUUUUGUUUGUUGAUAUGUUCAUUUAAAAGCUAGAAAUCUUCAAUUACUAUUUGGUUGUCUGUUUUGGGGUUUCAAUAAUAAUCGAGUUUGUUAAGUGCUAUCUAGUUCAUAAUUUUUAGUUGAUUUCUUUCAAACAAAAUAUUCUAAUAAGACAUAAUAAGAAAUUUAUAAUUCUCAGUCUAAUGCAGAUAGUAUACCUGGACAUACUCUGUUAAUGAUAGAUAAAUAACCCUGAAUUUUUCAAAUUGUAUGUUACAGCUUACUAGCUAGUAAAAUUUAAUACAAAAUGAAUUCUCAUUGUUUGCAGAGUUCCUUUUAUCAAAACAAUAUUUUGAAAGGUUUUAUUGUUUUAAUUAUUCAGUAAUAUGCUAAAGGAUUAUUUGAUCAACAGCAAGGUCUGUUUUUAUGCCCCUUUUAUGGACAUUAUUUUUUCUGGUCUGUGCGUUCGUUUAUUAAUUUGUUUGUUCAUUCGUCCGUCUGUCCUGCUUCAGGUUAAAAUUUUUGCUCAAGGUAGUUUUUGAUUAAGUUGAAGUCCAAUCAACUUGAAACUUAGUUCACAUGUUCCCUAUGAUAUGAUCUUUCUUAUUCUAAUGCCAAUGAGUUUUUUUCUAUUUUCACGGUCUACUGAACAUAAAAACUGACAGUGUGGAUUGGGCAUCCAUGUACUAGGGACACAUUCUUUUUUAUAAUUUGUUUCAGUAGCAGGUCUUGUUUUACUAAAUUGUUUAUGUCUUAUUAUUGUUAUAUAUUUUUCCAUCAAUUUGCAGUUGUUUUUGUUUUUCAACCAGUCUAUUAGUACACUAAUUCUACAAUGUGACUAUUGAUAUCAAGUUAUUUAUGAAUGUUUUUUUAUUGUUAAUUUGAGGUAAAUCCUAUAAAUAUGCAGUUGUAAAUGACUACAACAUAGGUCGAUGUUUGUAGAAUUAUUCAAGCAGAUUUACCUCACUUUAUAUGUUAAGAAUUUUAAAAGAAUAUUUAAAAAAAAAAAUAUGUUUAAUUAUUGGAAGAGAUGUAACUCAACCAGAUAUAUAUGAAAUCCCAAAAGACACACCUGUCUGAAACAAGAAAUAUCCAAGAGCACAGAAUUUGAUAGAAAUAUUUGUAUAUGCAUGUGUCACAGAGAUGCAAAUCUCAAUCCCUUAAUAAAGAGAAUUUUAUUGUU